AUGAAUGGUCAUAGGCGUCCAGAAGCAUAGUUGUUGGUCUUCCUUCCCCACUGUGGAAGCUGACGUGAUUUGCGUUUUCUUCUUUGACUCUCAUCUCUUCUCGCCGAUCAAAACCAUCUCAACCUGCCGGAGAAUCGCCGGCCUUCUCUGUCGCCGUUGUUGAAUUCCGAUCAUACUUCAGAUUGCGUUUCCGAAAUUCUCAUUUGAAAAAUGGGGAACAAUCAUUCAAAUAAAGCUAGCCCUAAUGCGCAGCAACCUCCGUUUGCUUUAGUGAAUGAAACUGAAGAUGAAUUCUACGAUGGAAUUCCAAUUAUGCCAAAGUCUCUAUUUCAGAAAUCUAAAUCAUCUAGGUCUACUCAAGCUGCAGUCUCUAGAGUUGCAGGAGUGAGUUCGCGUAUAGGAAAAGCUGGAAUUGGAAAAGCUGUUGAUGUUUUGGAUGCAUUAGGAAGUAGUAUGACUGGUUUGAGUUCAACAAAUGGAUUUGGUUCUGGAACAGCUAACAAAGGCGAUGAACUCAAAAUCUUGGCUUUUGAAGUAGCUAAUACGAUUGUUAAGGGUUCACUUCUUAUGCAAUCUUUGUCGAAACAAAAUAUAACACAGUUGAAGGAAGUUGUCCUUCCUUCUGAAGGAAUGCAACAGUUAGUUUCGGAAGAUAUGGAUGAACUCUUUACAAUUGUUGCCAUUGAUAAGAGGGAUGAAUUGAAGAUCUUUAUGGGAGAGGUGGUUCGUUUUGGAAACCGGUCUAAAGCUUCUGAAUGGCACAAUCUGGAUAUUUACUUUGAAAAACGCAGCAGAGAUGAGAACAUUAAUGAAAAGUUGAAAGAGGAAGCAGAAUUGAUUAGACAACAAUUAAUAUCCUUGGUUCAAUUUACAAUUGAGUUAUAUCAUGAGAUGGAUAUUUUGGACAAAAUCGAGCAAAGUUACCAGCAUAAAAGACUUGAUUCGACUCGGAGAGAACUAAAAGGCCAAAUGAAGAUUGUAAAAGGGUUAAAAAAGAAGUGUCUUUGGUCAAAAAGUUUGGAGGAGGUAAUGGCAAAACUUGUUGAUAUCGGUUCAUUCCUGAUUCAAGAAAUGAAGGAGGAAUUUGGAGACUUGGGUAUACUGGAAGAAGAAACACUAAAAUAUCAACAAAGAUUGGGACCUUCAGGUCUUGCGUUACAUUAUGCUAACAUCGUUUUGCAGAUCGAUGCAAUCGUUGCUCGAUCUUACUCUGUUCCGGCAACUUUAAGGCAUGUUUUGUAUGAGAGUUUGCCGCCAAAAAUGAAGUCAUCUUUUAGAUCAAAGCUUAAAUCUUUCCAAGUCAAAGAAGACCUCACUGUUUCUGAAAUCAAAUCGGAAAUGGAGAAAACUUUGCACUGGCUAGUUCCCAUUGCCAUAAACACAGCCAAAGCUCACCACGGUUUUGGUUGGGUUGGAGAGUGGGCAAGUACCGGAUCGGUUGGGAAUAGAACGGUCAGUAUGAAUGAGGUGAUCCGGAUAGAGACUUUUCAUUAUGCAAACAAGGAGAAUACAGAAGCAUGUAUUGUUGAUCUUCUUGUAUGGCUUAAUCAUUUGAUAACCACAUCAAAGAGUAUUGCAGCCAAAGAUCGACAAUGAUUCUACUUCAAAACCGAGCAAUCUGAGAUCUCUCUUGUAAGCCUAAAAAACGGUUACAUAUUAUUGUUUGCUUUCUGAUUGUAAAUAGGAUUCAAUAAUAACAGUGAUCAAUAAAUUCAUUUAAGUUCGAUUGUAACUAAAACUAGACAACGGUUGGGGAAUUCAGAAUCACAUCAAAGUCACUUAGAGUC